CAACACAUGCAGGAGAGAAAUUGAAAGUGUAGCACCAUUUUAUCGGCGUACUGUCUGUUUUUAGUGGAUUGAAAGAAUUGAAGAAAAAGAUUGAAUUUAUAUUUAGCAGCUUUUACAGCUGAACCCGGAGUUAAAGCUGGAAGGAGGCGGCGGAUCGCAGAUAUGCACGCAGCAGGAUGGAUUUUAUGUAACUCAAAUGCAACGUGAUGAGAUAACGAUGAAGAUGAUGAUGGCCCAGGGCGAGAAAGAUCCGAAACAUACCAACCAAGUCGUACUGGUCAAGAGAAUUAUAAUGAAGCAUGAUAAUCCGGUCCAGCAGGGUUUUGGGAAGCCCAGCGUGUAUCACGCUGUUGUGGUCAUCUUCCUGGAGUUCUUCGCCUGGGGUCUCCUCACAACGCCAAUGCUUACUGUUUUACAUGAAACAUUCCCCAAACACACCUUCUUAAUAAAUGGCCUCAUUCAGGGAGUGAAGGGUCUGCUGUCGUUCAUGAGCGCUCCAUUAAUUGGCGCUCUGUCAGAUGUUUGGGGCAGACGAUCGUUUCUUUUGGUCACUGUGUUCUUCACAUGUGCUCCUAUUCCACUCAUGAGACUCAGUCCGUGGUGGUACUUCGCCAUGAUAUCUGUGUCCGGCGCUUUUUCCGUCACCUUCUCUGUGAUCUUUGCUUACAUCGCAGACGUGACGGAUGUACGUGAGAGGAGUACGGCGUAUGGACUCGUUUCUGCGACGUUUGCGGCGAGUCUGGUGACGAGUCCUGCCAUUGGCGCAUACCUCUCGGCCAGUUACGGUGAUAAUCUGGUGGUGCUGUUGGCGACGCUCAUCGCUCUGGCCGACAUCUGCUUCAUACUGCUGGCCGUCCCAGAGUCACUGCCGGAUAAAAUGAGACUCAACACAUGGGGAGCGCCCAUAUCCUGGGAACAGGCCGAUCCGUUUGCUUCUUUGCGUAAAGUUGGGCAGGACACAACAGUUCUUCUCAUCUGUAUAACAGUGUUUUUGUCGUAUCUCCCCGAGGCGGGGCAGUACUCCAGCUUCUUCCUCUAUUUGCGUCAGGUCGUUAACUUCUCACCCAAAACGAUCGCUGUGUUCAUCGGCGUGGUGGGAAUCCUCUCUAUCGUGGCGCAGACGCUGUUUCUCACUUUAUUAAUGAGGACGAUCGGGAACAAGAACACAGUUCUGUUGGGUUUGAGUUUCCAGAUUCUGCAGUUGGCCUGGUAUGGUUUAGGAUCAGAGCCGUGGAUGAUGUGGGCGGCCGGCGCGGUGGCAGCUAUGUCCAGCAUAACAUUCCCUGCAGUGAGCGCUUUAGUGUCACGCAAUGCAGAUCCAGAUAAACAGGGACUGGUCCAGGGAAUGAUAACCGGAAUUCGGGGUCUCUGCAACGGUUUGGGUCCCGCGCUGUACGGCUUCAUUUUCUUCCUCUUUAACGUAGAGCUGAGCGGAAUUACAUCAAUUGAACCUGACUAUGCAAUCCCCCUACAGACCCCCACGGAGAAGACAGCAAUCCCUGGUCCGCCAUUCCUCCUUGGCGCCUGCACGGUGGUGGUUGCAUUUGUAGUCGCUCUGUUCAUCCCAGACGACCCAACACCGCCAGCGUCUCCCUGCCUGAGCUGUAAGACCAGCACGAGUCUGGCGGGAGCCCACACCAACACCCCGCUGCCGGGGAGCGACGAAGACUUCGAACCUCUGCUGGAGGACAGCAAUGUGUGACUGAUUCCUGAAAUGAAUGAUGUUUGGAAUAGAGAAACGAAAGCAUCAAAACAUCACAAACCCUCCCCCAUUCAGCGACUUACAUUUGGGAGCGUGCAGUAUUUAUUUAGUCUGUUUUAUUCUGGUAUAUCGGUUUUAAAGGGGUAUCGGUCACAAGCCGAUAUCGGCUUUUAUUGAGCAUUUGUACAUUGUUUUACUUUAAAUACACAACUGAAUCAAUACACUAAGGGCUUGAUCAUUGGGAUCAGAUACGCUGUUGUGGAAACAGAGUUGCGUUCUGGUUGGUUCUCGAGGAACUUCGGUUUGAUUGGUUCUUCUGGAGUUACAAUGCAGAGCUCUUCAUGUAUAUAGAUCUUCGGGCGAAGUGCAGUAAAGUGUGUCGUUGAUGGAGCUUGUGGUGUCUUGAAGCUUAUCGUUGUAGUUGACGAGAUGCCGUGGUUUCCGUACACAAGCCUUAAAGUCACAUAUCCUGAGUGGAAUGAAAAGGUUUGAAUAGAUUAGAAAUGCAUCCGGUUGCAAGUGCAUGAUGAGUAUUUGUGGUGAUCUUAACCAAAGCGAAGAUAUAGAGCACCAGAGGUUUGGUCUAGAGUAGUUACUGAUGCUAACAUAGUUAUUUAGGCCAGUUGGUUGUAUCAUAUGGACACGACUUUAUGGUGAAGUUGUGUGAAAUUUGUGUGUGAGUAGGUAAACAUUCUAUGCAGCAGUGUAGGGAACAGUCAAAAUCUUUUGUCUCACAUUUUAGUCAACUUGAAAUCAAAAUUGACCCCAUUUACUAGAGGAAGACCGAUAUAUCGGUUUUACCGAUUUUAUCGGUUAUCGGCAAAAAUCUAUGCUGAUAGUCGCCAAUAGUUUUUUUUUUUUUUACAUUUAUUUAUUUUUUAUUCCUCUGUGUUUCUCUGUGGCCAGUGCUGGAGGACACAACAUUUAAAAUGGAUUGGUUCUAUAGUAUAACAGCGGAUUCAAGAAGAGAAAUAAGAACAAUCACGGACCUCGUGGGGAUUUGCCUCGUGGGAAUCUAAAUUUUGCAUCAUUGACAAUAUUCAUCCAUAUUUUUAUCCUCACUUCAAUGCAUAUUUUGUUAUUCUAAUUAAAUCAGAUAAUCAAGUAUUUUAAAUUGAAGUGAGGUCAUGCAAAAAAAUAAAAAUAAAAAAAUACUAUAUGGAAACGUGCACAUCAGCACAUACCGUCAGCACAUACAUCAUUUCUUCAACUUCACCUGGUGAAGAUAAAGGCAAUAAAAAGCUCAAUUUGGUAAAUACUUAAUAUAGAGCAUUGUAAUGGGGCCAAGUCUCCUUCAUUUCAAAAUAAGAGUCCCCAAUGUGUUUCAGGCUGGUUUAUCAUUAUAAGUCCCGCAUUAUGCACCAAAUCUUCAUUAUUUUCUGUUUAUUAUUGGGAAUUUGGUUGAACGACAAACUGCAUUCAGGAUUUUAUUUAUUUUUGACUCUUGGAGUCUUUGUGUGUUGGCCCGUCAUAUUAAUAUAAGACAACAAUUUUUUUUAGCAUUCUAUACAUUUAUUUUAUAAACUAUCAGCUGAUUAAUCAGUUAUCUGCCUUUCUACCACCUUAGUUAUCGGUAUCGGCAAAAUCCACUAUUGGUCCAACUCUAUUUCCUUUCUUUAUACACAUCGCUAUUGUGCUCGAAUAAUCUGUUUAAUAACCUGCUCUGCCUCUGAAACAACUUUCCAUUUCUGCUGAUGUCAUCAAGGCCGCUCAAGUUUCAGCCAAUGGGGCCGGCGGCCAAUCGGCCACUUUUCACCAUUAAAUCAGUUCCUGAUAAAAAAAUUUAAAAAAUCAAGUUUCACCCUUCAUUAUUUUCUUUGCAUAUUCUGUUUCACUCUGAAAUACAGAUUUAGGAAGUAUAAUGGGUUGCGAAUGCCGUUUCAUGUUGACUUUACGCUUGUGCUCAGCGAAUAAUGGUACAUUACUCAUGUGUAACCAGAUCUGGUAUUCUGUAUGUCUUUUAAAUAGUACAAUAUUACUUUAAAUAUAACAUUAGUACUUAGUGAAAUCGUACCUUUCAGUUUUUCUGUCAAAGAAAGAAUUGCAUUGUGCAAUAGUUGGAGCUAUACUUAAAACAUUUAUAAUUAUAGGAUUUUUUUUUUUUAAGUAGCCAACAUCUACACACCAGCUACCUCAUUUUUGGAGGUUUUGAUUUUGUGGAAUGAGGUGAGAAUUUUACUUAAUGUAUAACCACAUUCCAUUCGAUAGAGAUUUUUGCACUCGUACAAUAAUCACGGUUCCCACAGACAUACAAAACCUGGAAAUAUCAGGGAAUUUCCAAACUGUGAUUUCCAUGUUUGUAAAUUACACAUUUUUUAAGCCGAAUAUUUGUUUUACAUGCUCACAUUCUUAUGAAUUUACAGAAGGCUGCUUUACAUUUGCAUUUGAUUUGUGUGAAGAACCCUGUGGAGCAUCUCAUUAAAGUCAUCGGUGUGACAUGCACACAGUAUUUCCUCCUUCACAUGCACAUUAUUUCCUUUAAGUUUCAGCAUUCCAUGCAAACACAGCGGCCGCCGCAGUAUUUCAAUUCAGACACUUUCCAUGACCCGCAAAAAUGUCCGAAAUUGCGAUUAGAAUCCCAAAUUCUUUCCAUCAUUUAUUCUCCACUUCUGACCUUUUUUCAAUAUGUUUGCAUUGUUGAAACUCCCAGGCAUAUUUAUCAUGCAGUAAAGCGAUGCGUAAGGUUUUAAACUGUGCAAGUGUGAGUGUGUUAAUGACAAGAUGGUGGAAAUUGACAUUCCACGGUGGAUAAGCGCUUCGGUCCUGGACCGGCCCGUGCACUUUGGGUUUUGUAUUUAUAGGAGAAAAUGUGCACAGCGUGUAACAGUAGAUUUAAAAAUGUAAUAUAACGACUGUAAAGUAUUGCAUAUGCAUUGAAUAGUAUUUAAGAAAUUUUUACAUGUUGCAAGACAAUAUUUUUGGAACCGACUCUGACAGGUCACUCCAAAUAAUAUGUUGACAAAUGUCUCUUGCCGGUUUGUAAUUUUAGCUUAUUUCUUUCUUUCUUUUUUUUCUUCACAUAACUGAACAUGUGGAGUAUUUGUGUGUCAUUUGAACAAGACACACAAGCUGCCUGAAGUGUAAAAAUGUUCAUUUGUAGUAUCUGAUUAUGACUGUAAAUAACGAGUUCAUGGUACAGCUGUAAUAGCUGUUGAAAAUGUACAGGAACCUUUGUGUAUUUAUUGUCAUGUAUUGUGGGAAUCUAUUGCAUAGGUGCAAAUGUUGAAUAAACAACAAGA